CGAAAAUAUAACACGGGCUCUAUGAUAAAGCAUGUUUACAAUAAUAAAACUAUACUUCGACCUACUGCCAAUGUUACAUUAUGAUAAUGCAUCAGUAUGCGGCGUAAGGCCAGGCCAGCUGGCUGGCCGCUGCUGCAAGGGCAACAAGCGGGGCGAGACGUAAUCCUUGCACUAGAGGAAAUAUGAUUUAACGCAUGCAGCCAAUACCGGGCUGGUGCAAGUCCUGCACGAAUGCCGACGCACUUUAGCGCGCUGCUGGCGUCGUGCUUCUGGCCAUGUGGUACAGGCCACAGCGAAGAAUGUAAGACAGUCGAGGCGCCAGCGCCGGCAGUGAGCAGGAGUCGAGCGGCUGUGCCUUCAAGCGAUUUUGGGCUGUCACGCCUCAGGGGCCCGUCGCGCAGUGGCCUGGCGCUGGAAUGCGCCACCCCUGGUCACAAAAGCCAACCAACCGUCUCGCUAUAUGCGAGGACCAGCACUACUUCGGCUGCGGCAGUGUCACGUGGAGAAUCGGUCCUCGCAAUUCCGCCGAGGCCGAGGCCGACCGAGUCAGACAAUGCCCGUAAAGUGACCCGGCUGGCACGGCCGAGCGGCGCUACUACGGUACAGAAGAAAGAUUUUAAUUUGGCGAGCGAGCGUGGGCCGUCUCAUCAAGCGCUUCCCGAGGUGCUGGAGUGUUCGGCUGCGUUACCGUCCACACCGCUCCCCGUGCCACUACCACGCCUGGACGAGGCGCGGACUGCAAACACCAUUGGCCACGCAUCGGCAGCUGACUUCAUGGAUGGACCAGACGAGACUGCUGGCCUCCAGACUCUCGCCUGCGCCCUGGUCGGUCGCCCAAGCGCCUUCCACCCGCCGCCUGCAACGUCACGGCUCCUGGCCGGCAGCAGCGCGGUCACCACCUCCGCCAGCGCGGCAAGCUCCGCGGCGUCACUGCCGCCGCCUACCGUUCUGAUGCAGCAGCUGCAGCAGCACCGCCCACCUCAGAUUGGGCGGACCUCUCGCCGGGCGUUUCUGGCACGCUCAACAGACAACUGCGCCCUUGCCACGGGCCCCGACCUGUGCGAUGACUGCGGCGGCCAGAGCAGUGACGUGUUCCUGCCCGACUUCUCUUCAUUCACCUUGAGCGCCCAAUCACAGCAGUUUGUGACGCCAACACAUGCCGCACUUGGCCGCUGCCCCACACGGCCCGUAUCGCAGCUGGCCGGCGCUGUGUGCACGACUGCAAGCCUCGACACGUGCGGCGGCGGCGGUGCCGGCGGUGGCAGCGUGGCCGGGUUCGCCGUGGGGGCUUCUACCUACAACCGCAGCCCGGGUGCCGGUGCCAUUGCAGUAGAUGAGGCGGGAGGCAGCCUGCCGCAGCUGCAGCUGCCGGCGCGGAUGUCUGGCGCGGCGCCCCGGGCGCCGGCCUUGAGCAGCUCCACGGUGCUGCCGUCGAUGCCUUCGCGCACUGCCUGCCAGCCGUCGGUCGGUGGCUGCAGCCCGUUAUUGGUAGCCUCAGCCGCGACAGCCGCCAGCAGUCAGCAGUCGCGUCCCGCGCAGUCCCACGGAAACGCGGGCGCGUCGUUGCCCGUGGCUCCCGUCAGCAGCAGCAGCAUGGCCGUCGCCCGUGGCCACAGCAGCCGCGGAAGCAGGCUGGGCGGCGCGACGGCCAUCACCUCAGCAGCGAUGAGCCUCCUCACAGUUGCAACCCCCGGCUCUGCAGGCACUGCUGGCGCCGUCGAUAGCGGCCGCAGCGUGCGUACCCGGGACUCAUCGGCUAGCGUGCGUCUCCCUUGCAGCCUUCCGCUAUACGCCGGCGCGUCUGCCAAUGCAGUCAGCAGUGUCAGCCCAGCCUUUGGCGCAUCGCCUGCCGGUUCUCCCGCAGCCGCGCUCGCCGCGGCUGCGACUGCAGCGGCAGGGGCUGCUGCCACACGCUUGACGUCUCUCAGCCUGCGCUCCAGUGGCAUCGCCAUGGAAGUGGCAGACUAUGCCGGGGCCCAGGGCCAAGACGCAGGCCACAGUGCGCUGCGCGCAUCCCCUGGCGGCCGUGCGCCGCUUGUAAACAGCAUAGCUGAUGACGCGACCAUUGGCAAAGGCGGCAGCGGGCCGGCGCUGAAGGCGAAGGCGGAGGAGGCUCAGGACUUCAGCGGGCUGUGUGUGGGGAGCUGCUGGAGCGACGGGGGGCUUGCAGCGUGUGACGCGCCAGACUCCACGUUUAUGCGGCGUGGGGCCCGGGCCAGCCUGCCUUGCUUCCCGGCGCCUUCGCUCCCGGCGUCGGUGGUGGCGAAUCGGGGCGUCAGCUGUGCAGGUGCAGGUCUGGCGAUGGAGGAGGUGACAAGGCUGGCCGUUAAGACCGCGGCCACGGAGGCCGCCGUCCUUCGGAAGGACGCGGCAGUUGGUGCUGCUUCCAUUGCCUCGAUUUCACCGCUGCAGCUGUACCAAACCUCCGCCAUCGCGGCUGCGCAGUCAAGCACGGAGUUCAGUGUUGCCUUGGGCUGGGGCACGGAGACUGCCAAGGGCGUGGGCGCUGAUGAUGGCGUGUUUCGUCCGCUGCCAGUCUUGCCUAAGGUGCCUGCCGUUGCGGCCCUGGCGGACCCUGGUGCAUCGCCCUUCGCCACUGCAGCCGCUUUCCUGAGUAUGCCGCCGCCGGCGAACACCCCUCCUGUGCUCAUGGCCGGCAUCGCACCCGGCCUGGUGGCUGUGCGAAAGGCCGCCGCCGCUGCGGAUGCGCUCCGGGGAGUGCAGGCGGCCGCUGCGUUUUCGCCAUUCGCAGCCGCUGCCUCGGACGUGCAGCAUUGCUCGGCGAGCCAGCAACAGCAGCCGUGUUCGACCCAGCCGCCGCCCCUGGCGGCUUUCGAGAGCGACCUUGCCUUCGACUCACUGUGUGAGCGCUCUGACCUCGAGAUCACGCCCUCUUUCGGCUACCCGGCAUCGUCAGUCAUCAGGGCCGGCAGCGGGGCGUCGCAGCCGCUGCAGCAGCUCCCCACGAAGGCCGCCGGGCAGCCCAUGCCGGGCACAGCGUCAAUGUACGACCCAUCGCUCCUGGCCGAACAGCAACAGGAGCAGCAACAGGGGAUUCCCUCCAGCGCCGCCGACACCAUCCUGCGCAUCACUGACCUGGACACGUGCUGGGCGGAGCUGCGCGACCUGUCCUUCCUGGGCUCGGGCGCGUGCGGCAACGUGUACACGGGCACCUGGUGCGGGAUGCCUGUGGCCGCCAAGUUCAUGAUCAGCGGCUCGGUGGACCAGCUGCAACGCCAGCAGCGGGAGGCGGCGCUGUCACGACUGGCCUCGCACCCGCACAUGGUGCAGACCUACGCGGUGGCCACCGACCAGCUGCGCAGCAGCCAUUUCCGGCGGCCGCAGCCCAGCGACGGCGUGGACGGCGGCGGCAUCUCCCGGCGUAACUCGGCGGGGGCGGACCUACUGGGCACCAGCAUGAACGAAGGCGCAAUUUUCGACGCCUGUUUGACCACAGCCUCCCGCGCCAUGAACCUGUUCACCGGGCCCGGUGGCGUGGGCGCUGGUGCGGCAGGCGGCGGAGGCGGCGACGCCGGGAGCGAGGCUGGCGGUGGGCGUGCGGGGCCGGCUCAUCCUGGUGCGUGGCACGACACAUCGGAGGGGGGCGGCGCUGCUUCUGGAAACGGCAUACGAGCCGGCGCCGGCAGCUACGGGAGCGCUCGUGGUCACGACGCAGCGGAGCACAGCGAGGUCAUGUUCUCGUCGGAUGCCAACGCCGCCUUUCCAGCCGCUGCCGUUGCCGCGUCUGGCAUUGGUGCAGACCGGCGGGCCGGCGCCGGCACCGGCGCAAGCGGCUGGGGCCGCGGCACCACCUCUGAGACACUGUCCCCGCCGCGACAGCAGCAGCCGCGGAGCCAUCAGCCGCCACCGCGCCACCAGGUUGCCCACUCGUCGCAUCGCGACCUGGCGACCCUCAGCGCUGCUCGGCAGGCUGCCGCGGCCUCGAGCAGUUUGUCACCCUUUGCUCAGGACUCCGCCGCCAGCGGCUUCGUAGCCACUGCCGGCAAUGAGGUGUGCAGCAGCUGGACGCCAGAGAAUCCCGCGCGGAGCCUGCUGCACAACAGCAACCAUCGGUUGCUGUCUGGGAUCCCCGCAUCCAUGUCGCAACAAACCCUUACGCACGCAGGGCGCAACGCGCGCUGCUCCGCCGAUAUGGCGGCGGUGAUGGACGGGGGCAGUGGCAGUGGCCGCAUCCCUAGCAGCCGCGGCGGCGCCGGUACCGCCGGCGUCGCAGCACCGGCGACGGCUGAUGCCAACAGCUCCUUUGCGCAGGCGUGCACGCCUGGCGACAGCGCGUGGCAGCCGCCGGCGCCGCCACCAAACGCGCAGGACCAGUCACAGCCGGGCUCGCAGCGGCCUCAGUCGCAGCAACGGUCGCUCCUGGAUACCAUCGCCAUCAGCACCAUGGAGGACCUGCACCACGCCGUGUCGCGGUUGGAGGGCGGCGGUGCUGGCAUGGGUCGCCGGCGUGACUCCUUCGAGCUGCGCACCUGCGCAAGUGAUGUGCACGGCUCGGACGAACUGGCCUCGCAACCCGCAGACGUGCUCGCGCACAUCGGCGCCCGGCCGGGGCAGUGGCUCACUGUCGUCAUCAUGGAAGAGAUGGACCGCGGCUCUUUGCACCGCGCCAUCCACGGCGGCAUCUUUGACUCCACUGCCUCGCACCUCAGCAAGCGCCACCGCGUGCGGGGCAUGGUGCGGACGCUGGUGGAGGUGGCGCAGGGUAUGGCAGCCCUGCACGCAAGCGGCCUCGUGCACGGAGACCUCAAGCCAGCCAACGUGCUGCUCAAGGCACAGACCCGCGACGCCCGCGGCUUUGUGGCCAAGGUGUCAGACUUUGGCAGCACACGUGUGAUGCUGGAGGGUGUGUCGGCGGCGACCGUGACCACCAAUGACUGGGGCACCGUCAUCUAUACGGCGCCAGAGGUGUUCAACGGCCGCAGCGGCCCUCCCGCCGACGUCUACUCGUUCGGCGCGCUGACGUGGCACCUGACCACCGGCCAGCUGCCGCACGAGGACCUCAACCCUUUCGCCGUGCUGCUGGCGGUGUCAAAGGGAGAGCUGGAGCUGGAGUGGCCCAGCUCCGUGCCCAAGCCACUGCGGCGCCUGGGCCAGCUGUGCAUGCAACACAACCCGGCCGCGCGGCCCACCUUCAACGCCAUCGCGCGCGCCCUGCUCAGACUGGAGCAGCGCAUGAAGCAGAGCGCAGUGUCAAGCACAGCGUCGCCACAACCAGGCAGUUUGCACCAGCCACGCCCAGUGCGGGCCAGAUGAGCAAGAGCAAUACUAAGUUUUGCAUCAAGGUUGGGAAGUGAACGCAAGAGAGCGAAAGAGGCAGAAGAAUGAGAGCGCGGGAGAGAGCUGCGGCGUGCGGUGAUCUAGUGAGCGCUUUGAGCUGCAUGAAUGAAGGCAAGUAGGCACUGGUUACGAUUAUUGGGCAGGCAUAACGGCCUAUGAGAUUUUGAGGACUUAAUUGCGCAAGCUGCACAGCACUAUGAUAGCAUGGGCCGUUUCCAGUACAUAUUGUCACAUGAAGGUGUGGCUCCGCCACUUUGUUGAGGGGUGGACAAACGCACGAGGCCUUGCAGGUGAGCCCCCCUGAUUGAGCACCCAUCAAGCGGUUCAUUAUUUCCCGGGUUCCUUUUACACAUACCGUAGGUGAUUAGCGCAUUUGCACUUUCGUAAGCCAAUCUGAUGAAUGACAUCCUUUGCCGCAAUUGCAUGUGUGGGUUGAUUACGCUUGCAAUAUGAAUAUUGUUGAGUGCCAUGCUAUGAUAUGUAUCUUCAUUAGCCUUUUUGCUGAGGGAGUGAAUAAGGCACGUUGCCCGCUGCGCACGUGGCAGCUACACAUGUGUCUCUACCUCAUGCGGCCUGUGCCCGGCCUGUGCCUGUCCGGCGGGCCUAGCUGGCAUGCCUGGCGUGAAUUACAGGAUGAGCACCCACAUGGGGCCUUACUUCCAACAGCUGGAUUGGCUGCUGGAAUUUGCUCCUUGGGUGGGUUGGCAUUUGCGUGAUAUUACAUAUCCUAUCAUAUGAAGGUGCGGCAUGGUGGUCGCCGUACGGUUCUGGCGUCUGCUGGAACAAUGAAGGCGUCUAUCGCUUCCCUAAUGAUGAUGACAUGGCCAUGUGCUCACUGAUUGCUGAUGUAGUGCAUUUGCUGUUCCAGGAUGGCGAUUGAGCCACCCCUGGCGAAAGCGCUAGAGGCAUGCACUUGCUUGUCUUCCACGCUGCUUCACGUAAGCUGCGUACGUCCGGCCGGCAAAGGCGACGUACACUUAUAUUGUAAUAAGGCCUGCUGGUUAC